CAUAGAAUGAUGAUUAAGUUGCUUUAUAAAAGUUCUGUUUACAAACUUUUACUUUAACGUUACUCUCAUAAAGAAAAAACAGGUCAAGCGUUAGCGGCUAGUGGGUAAAGAGAGUACAAGAAAGGCAAAUUGCACAAAUGAAACUAAGUUGAGAGCUUGCUUGGUCGCGUGCAAUAUAUUUCAACACAUGACAUAUUUUGCCAUUCAAUAUUCGCUGGAGGCAGGAAUAGUUCAAAAAUAGUUUAUCUGUCUUAGACCCCCGUACCUAACUUCGAUUGAGAUAUUAUGUGACAUAGGCAGAAUUAGUUUGGCUAUAUAAAGAGGGCAAGAUUGUCUAUAAAGCAUUUAAGUUGUAAUAUUGAAAGAACCAACUUAGUCGUCACCAUCAGAGAAACCUAUCGUGAACAUCACGACGAUGCUAUAUCUGUUUCUCUCGCUUUUUGUCUCCCACCUCCUCCUGGUGACUCCAUUUGUGAUCGAGCAAAAACAAGUAGAGAACAGAGAAGAACCUCCGUCCCUGCCAGUGAACAAGACCAUAUCAGAGUCCCCUGACCCAAAGACCACUGAGGCACCAUGGACAAACGUCGAAUUUCCUUUGGAAGAGGCUGAAAACGAUUUUGGUACAUGCCGAAAAGUUGGCAUGUACGUCAGCUUCGCGGAGCUCGGUCUUUCUAAUGAGAUCAUCGCACCUGACGGUUUCAAUGCCUAUCAGUGUAAAGGCAAGUGUUCCUCAACACAGCAGAAAAAAUUUCCCAAUCGCUCGGCAAUUAUGGCCUUGCUAGAGAAAAAGAAAGGUAUUGAAGGUGAUGACGAGGCAUGCUGUGUCCCAACCAAACUAUCGCCGAUAUCAGUUAUCGUUUAUGAAAGGAAUGGACACAUCGUACUGAGGAAGUUUGAUGACAUGGUCGUUGAAGAAUGUGGAUGUGGUAGAAGUCCCCGCAUUUGAUCCAUUUGUGGCAGAAGUAAAUCCUAAGAUGGACACAAUAGUUUAAAUGAUAAACACUAUUAAAACGUGAAAUCUCGCGUGAUCUCAAGGAAAAGAAUUUUGGAGGUUUUUCGUAGCUUUCCUUUAUUUCAAGUCAACCUUUAAGAAUUAGUUUACACUGCUCAGAGUGUAAAGUACUUUAGCGAAAAUUUCAACGAUUUUCACAGUCUACCUUUGGGAUAACGCUUGCAUGAAAUGAGUCCAACUGAAAAUGUUGAUGUGAUGAAGUAGCACUACUAGACAUUUAACAUUUGGCAUAUAGCUUGAUCGAAGCAAAGUCAUGCCAUUAUUGCCGUAGUAUCAGAUUAUUUCACAAUGUAAUAAGGCUUUUAAUAAAAUAAAAGAGGGGUUUGCCACGGAAUAU